AUCUCUGGCUAGUGGCUAGGAUUCGCUCGGCCUUUUUCAUUUCGAGCAGAAAACCGCGAAGUCUCUGCUCCCGGGAAGUCUCCCGAAGUCCCAACGCCCACCCUCCAACUACCGACGGUUGUCCCCGGAAAUGGUUUCCGUAAUAUCGUUCAGUUCUGUUAGUCCCCAUUUCCACUCCCAUCAUAGAAGUGUCACUUUCCAACCACCGUCUCGCCUGAAAACCUGUACUUUCCGGUGUAGUGGAAACAACCAAACCACUAGUAAUUCUAGUUCAUCGACCAAGGCAGCCUCCGAAUCUGACAACGUGUUACUUAGACUGGCCUGGUAUGGCUCCGAGCUGCUUGGGAUUGCAGCGUCGUUUAUCCGUUCGCCGUCAAAUACUGGAGCUCCCGCCAAAGAGCUUGAGCUUCCGGAAGAUGGAGAGGGAGUGGUUGAUCGUACCCAAGUUGUCGAAACCAUUAAGGACGACUUCCAAAGAUCGUAUUUUGUUACAGGAAAUCUGACUCUCGCUGCAUAUGAAGAAGACUGUGAAUUUGCUGAUCCAGCAGGUUCCUUUAGAGGGCUUCGACGUUUCAAAAGGAACUGUUCCAAUUUUGGUUCCUUAAUUGAGAAGUCAAAUAUGAAACUUAUGAAGUGGGAGGACUUUGAGGAUAAGGGAAUUGGACAUUGGCGUUUCAGUUGCAUAUUGUUGUUUCCAUGGAGACCCAUUCUUUCUGCUACCGGAUAUACAGAGUAUUAUUUCGACGCUCAUUCUGGAAGGGUGUGCAGGCACGUAGAGCGCUGGAAUGUUCCAAAAAUGACUCUACUGAAACAAAUACUAAAGCCUAGCCGGGGCCUUCGGAGUAAGAAGUCUGCAAAUUGAAGGGCUAGGAAAGCUUUCAUGAGCUCAUGAAGAUCUUGUUUAUUCAUCAGUUUCCAAUCAUUGAAACAAUAAACCGGUUGCUGGAAAGAGAGGAAAUAGAAAAAAGAGAAGCAACUGUCUCCAUUAAGAUUAGCCGACCUCUUUAUAGCCUCUGAUUUGCUCAAUAACCCACACAUCAGAACCAUGGAAGAGCAUAAGCAUUCUGGAAAUACGUAAGAAGAUAAUUUACUCUAUAUUAUGGUGUCGAUUGUAGAAUUAUGUGAGAAUGUAGUGCUUAUAUCUUGCUUGUUUUCAGUCAAAAUGUAGAUAUAUAGCCUGUCUGAACUACCCUGAUUCUAAAAAUUAAUUCAGGAAUUCUUGAUUAUGAACAAGUUCAUCGCGUCCUAAAGAUUUAAUGGGCGUGGGAUUUUGUUUUAAAUCUGGUUUCAGAUCACUAAAACAUGGCCAUAGGAAAGUAAUGCUUUACCCCUGUUUUGAUGA